AUGGCAACAAUCAGACCUGGUCUUCAACAAUCUGCCCAAAAGGCCCUACCAGGCUCGGCCAACCUAGCAAACUUGCUUCCAACAGGCACGGUCUUCGAGUUCCAAGCCCUGAUAAUUUCAUUCUCCAACAAUGGAAACUGUGAAAUGGCUCACAUGUGCAUGACCUUAGCCUUAGGUGCAAUUAUACUAUGUUCACUUACUUGCUCCUUAUCUUCCUUCACUGACAGCUUCAUCGGCGAAGACGGCAAGCUUUACUGCGGUGUUGCCACUUUGAAUGGACAUUACGUUUUCAACGAUGAGUUAAUCAUUGCUUGCAGCAGCUUCGACGUUCAAGGUUGUUUCCUUCCUGAACCGUGGCCAAAUGUUGAUGCACUCGUGGCAAAUUUGCCAUUAGCAGCUGGGAUUUUGGCCAGCGGGUUGUUCAUGCUUUUCCCAACCAAACGAAAAGGGAUUGGGUACGCUGACAAGCCUGAUCAUGGCAAAGGAAAGGAAGAGCCUGAUCAUCAUGGCAAUAGAAAGGAAGAGUCUGGUCGUCAUGGCCAUGGAAAGGAGAGCCUGAUCAUCAUGGCAAUGGAGAGGAAGAGUGUUAGAAGUUAUGGCUAA